ACGGUUUUUAGUGUAUUCUGCGAAACGGUUAAAAAAAUAAUCAGUGGAGAAUCACUUUUUCUGGAAAUAAUAUGGAUAUCAAGUUGCAAAGGAAUAUUAAAAGUUUAUAUCUGUUAGUGCUCAGUUUGUUGCUAAUACAGAAUAUCAAUUGUAAAGUUUACUUAAAUGGCACGCUUACAAAAUUCGCACAAAUUCGUCAAAUGUACCCGAAAGUCACUAGUUAUGAAUCUAAAAAUUGGCGCAUGAUUGACAGCGAUGAUUACAAGCAACACCCAUGUAAACGUGAAUGUGUUAAAGAUAAACAAAUGACUUGUUAUUAUUAUAUGGUUGUACACUACGACGAAACAAUGGGUCCAGGCUGCGAACGGUAUUUAGAAGCGAGAUAUCGCAUAAAGACCGGUAAAGCCGGCGAAGAACUUGUGGAUGGCUUCACUGUGCAUAACUACGACGAUUAUGACGAUUGCAAAUUUGCGGAUGGCAUUGCUUCUGAAAUUAUGGUGGUAAAUGGACGUAUGCCGGGGCAAGGGGUUGAAGUAUGCAUGGGUGAUACAAUUGUAGUAGAUGUGAUUAACAGCUUACACGAAACCACUACUAUACAUUGGCAUGGCAUACAUCAGCUGAAGACUCCACACAUGGAUGGUGUACCACAUAUAACACAAUAUCCCAUUGAAGCUGGACAGGCAUUUAGAUAUCGAUUUGAAGUGGAUCAUGCGGGUACACAUUGGUGGCACAGCCAUACUGAACAUCAGCGUGCAUUUGGACUAGCAGGUGCUUUUAUAGCACGUCAACCAAAACUUGAAAACGUACAUGCAAAAUUAUAUGACUUUGAUUUUUCUGAACAUAUCAUAAUAAUACAAGAUUGGGUCUAUAACUUUGAUGAGAGUAUACCACAGAAUCUGCUCAUAAAUGGUUUGGGUCGGAAUGUCAAUAAUGAUAGCAUUACCAAACAGCCAACGCUAUAUUCGAUAUUUAAAGUUGUACGUGGUGGACGUUAUAGAUUCAGAGUUAUUUACAAUGGUUGUGCCAAUUGUCCAGUAAGUCUAAGUAUCGAUAAUCAUAAUCUAGUGGUUAUCUCAAGUGACGGAAAUGAUAUUGAACCCAUUAUAGUACAAAAACUUUCAAUUCAUGGUGGUGAGAGAUUUGAUUUUAUACUGCAUGCUAAUCAGGAGGUCGGAAAUUAUUGGUUACGUAUAAAGGGUUACAAUUUUUGCAAAAUCAAAAGCCUGCAUCAAGAAGCCAUACUGCAUUAUAUGGGUGCUAAGCAAACCGAACGACCUAAAGGUGAGGUAACAUACGACUACGAAGCGGAAGGUGUGGAACUUAAUCCACUUGACCAAGCUCCAACUAAGAAUGAUGAACGUAUAACUAUUGUUGAAACAAAUUCGAUGAAACCACGUCUUGAGCCACCUAUGUCACAACAGCGUACACAUUAUAUCAGUAUGGCCGUACAUGAACGAGGAAACUUUCUAUUUCAAAUGGACAAUAUCACUUUUUCUUUACCGAAAAUCUCUUUGCUACAAACACGUAACUUAGGUAUUGGUCGCUUUUUUUGUAAUAAAACCCAUCAAGAAAACUUGGGUUUCAAUUGUCGCAGCAGACACUGUCGCUGCACUAACGUCAUACAGGUGCCUGCCUUUAAGGAGACUGAAUUCGUUAUAUCAGCCAUAACAAAUUCUGCACAUCCCAUACACUUGCACGGGUACACCUUCCGUGUUGUGGGUAUGGGCGUUUUAGGCGAAAAUUUGAUUAACAAUAUUGAGGAAAUUGAUAGGAAGACUCCAUUAUCACGUCGGAAUCGGAAUGCUCCGCUCAAGGACACUGUCCAAGUGCCAGCUUUUGGAUAUACAAUUAUACGAUUCUAUGCUGAUAACCCUGGUUAUUGGAUAUUACACUGUCAUAUAUCGACGCAUUCAGAAAAUGGCAUGGCACUAGUGGUACGUGUUGGCGAAGAUACACAAAUGAAAAUGUGUCCGGUUAGCAACUGUGGACUUUGUAGUUCAGUAGUUUAACCUUUCAGAUACUAAAUUUGUUAAAUACACAAAUACUAAAAUCGAUAUAAAACUAAAUUACGCUUAGUU